GUUGGCCCCUGGGCCAAUCGGAAGAGCCCUGAUUUGGCGGGAGUCUUGACCGCGGCCGGAGCUCUUGGUGUCUCAGCGCGAGCUCUUGGUGUCCGGCCGCCGUGGCCAUGUUCGUGUCCGAUUUCCGCAAGGAGUUCUACGAGGUGGUCCAGAGCCAGAGGGUUCUUCUCUUCGUGGCUUCGGACGUGGACGCCCUGUGUGCUUGCAAGAUCCUUCAGGCCCUGUUCCAGUGUGACCACGUGCAAUAUACACUGGUUCCAGUUUCUGGGUGGCAAGAACUUGAAACUGCAUUUCUUGAGCAUAAAGAACAGUUUCGUUCUUUUGUCCUCAUAAACUGUGGAGCUAACGUAGACCUAUUGGAUAUCCUUCAGCCCGAUGAAGAUGCCAUAUUUUUUGUGUGCGACACCCACAGGCCAGUCAAUGUCGUGAAUGUAUACAAUGAUACCCAGAUCAAGCUACUCAUUAAACAAGAUGACGACCUUGAAAUUCCCGCCUACGAUGACAUCUUUAGGGAUGAAGAGGAGGAUGAAGAGCACUCGGCUAAUGAAAGCGACAAAGGAUCAGAGCCCUCCGAGAAGCGGACACGGUUAGAAGAGGAAAUAGUGGAGCAAACCAUGAAGAGGAGGCAACGAAGGGAGUGGGAGGCCCGGAGAAGAGACAUCCUCUUUGACUAUGAGCAGUAUGAAUAUCACGGGACGUCGUCAGCCAUGGUGAUGUUCGACCUGGCAUGGAUGAUGUCCAAGGACCUGAAUGACAUGCUAUGGUGGGCCAUUGUUGGACUAACGGACCAAUGGGUACAAGACAAGAUCACCCAGAUGAAGUACGUGACUGACGUUGGUGUCCUACAGCGCCACGUGUCCCGACACAACCACCGGAACGAGGAUGAGGAGAACGCCCUCUCCGUCGACUGCACACGGAUCUCCUUUGAGUACGACCUCCGCCUGGCGCUCUACCAGCACUGGUCCCUCCAUGAGAGCCUGUGCAACACAUGCUACACUGCGGCCAGGUUCAAGCUGUGGUCGGUGCACGGGCAGAAGCGGCUCCAGGAGUUCCUCGCGGACAUGGGUCUUCCCCUGAAACAGGUGAAGCAGAAGUUUCAGUCCAUGGACAUCUCUUUGAAGGAGAAUUUGCGGGAGAUGAUUGAAGAGUCUGCAAAUAAAUUUGGGAUGAGGGACAUGCGAGUACAGACUUUCAGCAUUCAUUUUGGCUUCAAGCACAAGUUCCUGGCCAGUGAUGUGGUCUUUGCAACCAUGUCGCUAAUGGAGAGCCCCGAGAAGGACAGCUCAGGAACAGAUAACUUCAUCCAGGCUCUGGACAGCCUCUCUAGGAGUAACCUGGACAAGCUGUACCAUGGCCUGGAACUCGCCAAGAAGCAGCUGCGAGCCACGCAGCAGACCAUCGCCAGUUGCCUCUGCACCAACCUCGUCAUCUCCCAAGGGCCCUUCCUCUACUGCUCCCUCAUGGAGGGCACUCCGGACCUGGUGUUGUUCUCCAAGCCAGCAUCCCUGAGCCUGCUCAGCAGACACCUGCUCAAAUCGUUUGUGUGCUCGGUGAGGAGCCGCAUGGGUGGGUGCUGGAAGACAAAGAACCGGCGCUGCAAGCUGCUGCCCUUGGUGAUGGCUGCCCCCCUGAGUGUGGAACAGGGCACAGUGACUAUGGUGGGCAUUCCCCCAGAGACCGACAGCUCGGACAGAAAGAACUUUUUUGGGCGGGCGUUUGAGAAGGCAGCGGAGGGCACUAACUCCCGGACGCUGCACAACCAUUUCGACCUCUCAGUAAUUGAGCUGAAAGCAGAAGAUCGGAGCAAAUUUCUGGAUGCACUUGUUUCCCUCCUGUCCUGAGGUCUGAUUUCUUCAGAAAUGACCUCCUCCUCCUUAUUUAUAUUAACUGGCUUUUAUUUGGAUUGUAAGUUAGGACAUAAUUUUAGAGUCAGAGCAGUUGGUUUUAAUGGAAUAAAAUGCUUAUUUUCGGUUCAGUG